GCCGGAGGCUGCGCCGGACGCGCCCGCUGCGUGGUGACAUCAGUGCGCCCGCGCGCAGGGGGAGGGUGGGAGCUGCGGGCCGCAGGCGCUGGCGCGCGGGCCCUGCUUGGCCCGGCGAUGGAGUUUCCGGACCUCGGGGCUCACUGUUCCGAGCCAAGCUGUCAGCGCUUGGAUUUUCUGCCGCUCAAGUGCGAUGCCUGCUCGGGUAUAUUCUGUGCAGACCAUGUGGCCUACGCCCAGCAUCACUGUGGAUCUGCUUACCAAAAGGAUAUCCAGGUACCAGUGUGUCCUCUCUGUAAUGUGCCUGUUCCUGUGGCCAGAGGGGAGCCCCCUGACCGGGCUGUGGGAGAGCACAUUGACAGAGACUGUCGCUCUGACCCAGCGCAGCAAAAACGCAAGAUCUUCACAAACAAGUGUGAACGUUCUGGGUGUCGGCAGCGAGAGAUGAUGAAGCUGACCUGUGAACGCUGUGGCCGAAACUUCUGCAUCAAGCACCGUCACCCACUGGACCAUGACUGCUCUGGGGAGGGGUGCCCAACCAGCCAGGCAGGACUUGCUGCCAUCUCCAGAGCACAAAGCCAGGCUUCUGCAGGCACAGUCCCCAGCCCAAGUUGGACCUCACCUUCCUCUACCUCUCCCAGCAGAGCUACAACCCAGUCUCCACCCCGGACAGCCCCUCCAGUGCUUGCUUUGCAGAAUGGCUUGAGUGAAGAUGAGGCUCUGCAACGUGCCCUGGAAUUAUCCCUGGCAGAGACCAAACCCCAGGUCCCAAGUUCUCAGGAGGAAGAAGACUUGGCUCUAGCUCAAGCCCUCUCUGCCAGUGAGGCAGAGUACCAGCGGCAGCAGACGCAGAGCCGCAGCUUGAAGCCAUCCAACUGCAGCCUGUGCUAGGGUCCUGGGCUUGGGGAGGGAGGCUCAGCUGAGGACUGUGGCCCUCACACCUCCAGGGUACACAGGGAGAGGAGGCACAGAGCAGCUUGGAGGACAAAGACAAGCAGCAGUGAGGUGGAGGCUGCUCUAAAAAUGUCAGCAGGAAGCUUGCCAAAUAGCCUAGAAAGGCCCUUGCUGGCACUCUGGCUGCAGAGAGAGUGCCUGCGAACUGCUGACCCUCGGGGAGGCUGACCAGGGCCUGCUCUCAACCCCCUUCACUAUGUUAUCCCUCUUACUUGGGGCUGCCCCCCAACAUGCAGUGGGCCGGGAGGGGCCUGGGAAGAAUAAAGAUCUUGGCCCUCA